AUGAACACUCAGUUCCAGUUAAGUUGCUUUUCAGGCAGUACCUGCUUAAAAGGAUUCCUUGAGCCUGUGCAGCUCCCAGUCCUCGCACCGCUUUAUAACCUUCUUCGAGAGGCAGCAGAGAACCUUCUGCUGGGACAGCAUGUGAACUGGCCUCUGCAGAGGCUGGAUGUGUAUUUUUCCGCCAGCGAGGUCUUCGCCUCUCUCCCGAGCGAAGGCCAGGCGGGCACUUCGCCCUGCGCCCCUGGCCCACGCUCUCCCGCUCCCUUCGUCGUCGGGUCUCGGGACCCCGGGAGCGCCGAGCGCAGCGCGCAUGCUCAGGAGUCAGGCGCCACGGCCGGCGCGUCCACGGGUCGGCGCUGGCUGCGCGCGGGCCUGCCGUGGCUGCUCCUGCGCUGUCCGGAGACCCAUCGCUGCCGGCACCGGGCUCCCCAGCUGCCGCCUGGGCCAGGAGCAGACGGAGUGGUCCUGGGGCUCCUCCCUGCCGCCCGCCUUGGGGCUGCCGAGCAGACCGGUGACUCCUGCGAUGGUGGCGGAGGGGGAGGCUGCAGGGAGAGUUGUCCCCAGCUUUCAGAAGAACUCUGGUUCCGCGAGCCCAUAGUGCUGAGCACUCUGGACCUCGGCUCCACCAGUUUCAAAGCCAGGAACGGAGUGGACCGGUGUGCACGGCAGCGCGCCGGGUCCACAAAAAGCAGAGAAGCUCACAGUCAGACUGAAAAGCAGAGGAGAGAUAAAAUGAACAACCUGAUUAAAGAACUAUCUGUCAUAGUUCCUCAGUGCAAUCCCAUGGCAUGCAAACUGGGCAAACUUACAGUUUUAAGGACUGUUCAACACUUGAGAUUGCUGAAAGGAGUAACAAAUUCCUGUGUAAGAGAUAAUUACAGGCCUUCAUUCAUUAAGGAUAAUGAGCUAAGACACUUAAUCCUUAAGGUACCUCUGUAUGAGCUCAAAUACACAACUUUCAGUUUGGAGCAAUAUCAUAGGAAAUUCUGUACUGUCCAUUUCACUGGUUACUUGAGGAGCUGGCCUCCAAAUAUUGUUGGAACAGAUGAUGAACGGGACGUUAAGAAAGACUGUGGUAAUUUUACUUGCUUUGUUGCCGUUGGACAAUUACACCCAUAUAUUGUUCCACCAUACAAGGGAGAGAUUAAAGUCAAGCCAGCUGAAUUUAAUACCUGGUUUGCAGUGAAUGGACAAUUUAUCUACAUAGAUCAAAGGGUGACAGCAAUUUUAGGCUAUCUGCCUCAGGAACUUCUGGGAACUUCUUGUUAUCAAUAGUUUCAUCAAGAUGACUAUAGUACUUUGAAUGACAAGCAUAAAGCAGUGCUACAGAGUAAAGAGAAAAUACUUACAGAUUCCUACAAAUUCAGAGCCAAAGAUGGUUCUUUUGUAACUUUAAAAAGCCAGUGGUUUAGUUUCAUAAAUCCUUGGACCAAAGAACUGGAAUAUAUUGUGUCUGUCAACACUUUAGUUUUUAAAGGGCACAGUGAAACUAGAGAAGUACCACUACUUCCUUGGAGUUCUCAAUCAUCAGAAGAACCCUCAAGACAAUCUUGUUGUCAUGUGCUUAGAAUAUCUUCUGAGACAGUACUUAGUCUGGGUAGUAUUGGAACAGAUACUGCAGAUGGAAUUCUGGAUUUGCAAAGGUUACAGUGUGUUUAGUCUCUUGGUGAUUCCAAUCCAACAGAUAUAACGAAAGAUCCUACCAAGGUAAACUACAGGAGUGCAUCAAACCAAAAGUUGCUGCCACAGAGACCUUCUGAAAUAGAGGAGUUAAAAGCUACAAGCCGCCAAAACCAGAGCCCCACUGCUUUCCACGGUGACUGGCCAUUAUUCCUCAGUGAUGGUGCCCAGUUGGAUUUUGAUGCCCUGUGUGGCAAUGAUGACACAGCCAUGGCAACAUUCAUGAAUUACUUUGAAGCAGAAGGGGGCCUGGGAGACCCUGGGGACUUCAGUGACAUCCAGUGGACACUCUAG